AUGCAUAAUCUUGUUAAUUUAGAGGAAGUAGAUCUAACAGAUUCCCAAAAGUUGGUGAAACUUCCAGAUUUCUCCAAGGCAGACAAUCUCAAAAGUGUACAUCUGUCUGGCUGUCGAAGUUUGCGUCAUAUCCAUCCAUCUCUUUUAUCACUUGGAAAACUUGAACUUUUAGAUCUUCUGAACUGUGCAAAACUUGAGAGGCUUGAAACUAAGAUGCAUUCAAAAUCUCUUAAGCACCUCUAUAUCAAGAGCCGCACAAGUUUAUCCUAUGUCAGUCACUUUUCAUCUUUACAGAAAUUACUUCUAGAUGGAAGCCCUGUGGAGACAUUGCCGAUGAGCAUUAAGCACCUUACGGAGCUGAAAACACUGUCACUAAAAGGGUGUAAGAUGCUUCAAUAUUUGCCAGAGCUUCCAUCAUCUAUUCGUCAUUUGACUGCUCUAAACUGCAUAAUGCUGCAAACUGUGACAUUCAGUUCAAAUAUUCCUAGACUACAAGAAGAAAAAUGCAUAAACAUCUCGUUCCAUAAUUGCAUGAAGUUGGAUGUGGCUAAUUGUAUUUAUUGGUACCUUAAAGAUAUAAGGAAACUUGCUUACGUGUGUGAAUCCAGAAGAGGAGGAAAAAGAGUAGUUCGGAGAAGUGAUUUCUUAAAGAUUUGUUACCUCGACUACAGAGUACCAGAGUGGUUCAUGCAUCGGACAAAGGGUACUUCCAUAACUUUUGAAGUUUCUUCACCUUCCAGUUAUGGUUUUAGUUCCCUUCUCUGCGUUGUCCUCCCUAAGUAUAGUUUGGAUUAUGAACUUGAUAUUAAAUGCCGUUGCUACUUGGAAGAUGGUAUUAACAUGCACAAAUAUUCAUUUGGCAUAUUAUUUCUAAAUCACAUUCCGGCAGAAGGGUGUUCUGAUCAUGUUUAUAUGGCAUAUAAUUAUGGAGGCAUCUUUGAUGUAAUCAAGCUGGACAGAUUGAAUAAUAAGAUUGCGUCUUCCGGGAAAAACCCAAAACUCACAUUUGAAUUCUUUGUCAGCAGUGGCGAUACUGGAAGUAAACAAGAUGAUAACUUGUUGAUCAAAGAGUGUGGUGUCUAUCCACUAAAUGACUCCAAUUUUAGAAUUGAAUAG